UCCCCUGGCUUCUCUUCCAGGAGAGGAACCCCCGAAUAUUCCUCCUUGGCUCUCUGCUACUUGGAGAUCUUAGCUGCUCCCCCAGCCCACCCCCUGCUCCUUGCUGGUGCCUUUUAAAGCCACGGGUGUUUUUUUUAAAGCUGCUGCCCAUGAAGGAAUCUACCGUGUAUGUUUCACCGGGAAGCUGGGGGGCGUGGGCCAUUCUUCCUUGGCUCAGAUAGUUAUGGCUUGAUGGGCCCUGUGGGGUAGGAGGAUCAGCAAUGCCAGCAUGCUCGGGAGACAGGAAGACCCGGGGUUUGCCCCUGCAUGAAGAACUUCCUGUGUUUAAACGGGCAGGAAUAUCCGCUCGCAAGCUCAGUUCAAAUGAAAACACUGGAGUUGUGGAGGGAGAGGCUAAUUCAGACCAGCUGGACUUUCCGGGAGGAGAGCUGGGAAGAGGAGGAGAGGGAUUUGUAGGAGCUGGGGUGACAAUACAUGAAACCACUGGAGCUGCUUUGCCUUUGUUGUUAAAGAAGGGCACGCUCCGUAUAAAUUAGCAGCUUCAAACUCAUCUGCAGCUUCUGUUGGAAAUAAUGACGGGGAGUAUUUAUUGAAUAGAAGCUGCCAUCCUCGGCUGGUUUUUGCUGACAGUCGCAAGGAGAAAGGAACCUUACCUUAAAAGCAGCCCUGGAAGGAAUUAUUUGGCUGGUGAUUUUUUUUUUAAAGAGAUGCUCCGUGUAUCCGCUUGGUUCCACCGGGAUUCCUGGAGGGGCUAUGGAAUGUAACUGAGUUGGAAGCUUUACUACCAUGGAAAUUCGCUCCGGCGUGGAUUGCCAUUUGACUUCUGUGGAAUACAAAUUCCGGUGUCCGAGCCGUUUUUAGGAUUACAGUCUAAAACCUGAGUGGGGUUGUCGCGGACGCAGAAUGCAUUUCUUUUUGGGGUGGCUGGCAAGUGAAUGAGGUGGUGUCUUCCUGAAUUGGGGAAGUAUGGGUAAGCCACUAAGCAGGCCAGACUGUUUACGGCAGAAUCCCACUUGCUUGGGGAAAGGUGAGGAAGAGGAUGGGUAUAUAGAGGACUGCUAUGUCCCCCAGCGGUCCAUAUAUGACACAAUGAGAAUAAAUGAACAAAUUGAUCAGGGGUCUAAACUUAAUCAGCCUUCCAAAAGCACCAUAGACAAGAUGGAGGCUGGAACCAUCUCCAGCAAUGGGACUAUAGGCGCAGCCAAUGUCUUUGAAUCAAGGGCACCAGACAGUAAAAAGUUAGACGAACGAGUCAUUUUUGACGCGCUGAAACUCAGCAGCGACGUCACGAAGUCAGCACCCGCUCCCCCGCGGAGAAGGCCAAACCCGGAAAGGAAAGAGAAUGUGAACAGGAGGUCGUGGAAAUCUUUUAUGCCACCCAAUUUCCCUGAGUUUGCAGAAAGGGUUGAGGCCUCCUUGAGUGAGGUCUCCGAAGCAGGGGCCUCCACUUCCUCUUUACAAGAGAAGCGGGAGUCGAGCGCCGGGUUGGGGGAGAGCUCUGGGCAGGCCCGUGAUGGAGAAGCAAUGUCAGAAGCGCUCACUUUGGAACACGUCCCCAAGUCGUCUGGCCUUCCAGAAGCCCAAGAGGCAAGGCCGCUCAGCGAGGACGGCUACGACUGUUUCCAGGAUGAAUGCCAACCCCUUCUGAAACCGGAAGAUGCCCCUGCCAGGUCCGUGGUUCUCCCCCGGGACCGGAAACCCUCAAGUGCCACGUGGCCAAGAGCAAGAAGAAACAUUAUCAAGGGAAGCCUGAGUAGUGGGCAUCGCGACGCCUUGGAAGCCGCCCUGGCAGACUGCACUGUGGAAACCGUGCCGCUGUCUCCCUGCCUGAGUGAAGAGCUGUUGGAUCCGGGAAUGAAUAUCCUCAUCACCCCCAGCCUGCGAGAAAAAACGGAGUCCGAGCUGCGAUUCGAAGAGGAUGAGAGAUGGAUAAUGAUGGAGGCUGAGGAGGAGUGGGAGGCGGAGAUGCUGUCAGAGGGAGGAAAGACGGUUCUCUUGACAGAUGAGAAAAGGAACUGUUGCUUGGCAGAUAUUUCUGAAGAAAGGGAACAAUUAAUUGCUACAGCCGUGCCGACAGAAACAGCAGACUGUUCUGCUGGUGUCCUGGGAACCUCUCACCACCCAGCUCCUCGCCCGGUGCACUGUGAUGACUCACAGCUGCAUGAUAGCAGCUUAGCUUCUGUUCCCCAGGAAACGUACCAGGAUCCAAACGGCACUUUUGCAGCUAAUGUGUGUGAUACCGAAGCUGUGACAGUUCAGUAUGAACCUGAGGACUUGGCUCCCAAUUCGGUGCGCGGCGACAGCCCUCUUGUCCCCGAGCAGUUCUCUGACACGGAUUCUGUGCAGAUGUUCCUUGAGCUCGAAAAGCAGUGUCUGCGCGAGGAAGGGGAUGGAGCUGCAUUGCUGCAUCUGGAGGGUCAGGUCUCUGAGGGGUGCUCGGAGGGGCUGGACCCACCAGCAGACUCUGAACAGCUGGCAGCGGCCGCGACAGAAGCGUGCCAGCAGGCAGCUCCUUCGGACGUCAGCGCUGCAGACUCUGCGAUUGUGUCAGAUCUCGAGGACUUGGAUGGGACGUGCGGUUCGCAGGUGGCGAGUACAAUCGAACCCACGACAGAGCCGUACUCGGAAAAGGAAACCUCCUCGGUGACCCAGACGGACUCCAAAGAAAUAGGGCUUUCCAGUCCAAGGGCCACAGCUGCGCUGGCCAGCCAGUCAACUAGAGGAGGCCAAAGAAUUGGAAAGCGACUUGCUGACGGAUCGAGACACAACGGGAGGUUGUGCAGCAGGGGGGACGCUCGGCGGUGAAGCGACCGUGUCUCCUGUAGCAGAUACAGUUGAAAUGCCCUGCUGGGAAGGCAGGUUUCCCUCUGGAGAGGAUACCGGAAGCAUGUCCCCGAGCCACAUGCUUCACUGUCCGCCGUUCGGCUCUGCCACCACGGAGGCACUGGACUCCCAGCUGGGUUUUUACUGGCCGAAAGACGCGGUCGCUGCGGAAGGGGCUCGUGGUUCCGAGGAGAGCGAACGUGCUCAGCCUGAAAGGGCUGAGUUCUCGAGCUGGGGCGUCGCGGAGCUGGCGUCGGAGGACGAAGUCACGGACUUGGACAAAGAGAGCGACCGAUCGGAGGGGCGGAUUCAUGGGGCCGCAAGUUCAGACCCGCAUGGUUUUUCUGAAGCAGCUUUUCCAAGCGAUUCUGUGUCCGAGCUGGACUCUGAGGCCCAGGUGAAGUCCACAGAGUCCCUGGAGGACCUGAAGUCCGAAGAAGCGGUGCCCCUGGAUGAACUGCUGCCCCUAGAUGGGAUUAUGCGCGGGGGAGCGUUCCUGGGGCUCCAUGGGCUUCAGGAGGGUGUGCCAGGAACGGUGGGCCGGGUAAGGCUGGAGGGUUCCACGGGAGAGGCAGACGUCUGGGGACAAGGAGACUUAGCCCGGCUGUUUGAACAUAGCUGGGACGAUGGGUCGAUACAGUUUGUGCCUGGGGAUACUCCCUCUCCCGACUCCCUGCAGCAU